CUCAAAUCAGUCAAUCCUCUUUGGAAUCACGCAAGCGUCCGGGAUGUUCUGGAAUGUGCAACCGUUGCAGGUUUUGUUUAUGUUUUGGUAAUUGACCUCGGAUUUUAUGAGGGGUGGGAAUUCGCGGAGGGCGGGGGUCCUGGAGGAAUUUCAGUACACAGAUUUUAUAUAUCAAAUGAUAACACCCUAUACAUGAACCGCGCUAUAUACGCUAGCCUGAAAAAGAUAUCAAAGUCAUCAGUGAUAUCCCGACCACUGGGUCCUCAAGAUCAUCGGUACGAGAAUUUUCGAAAGAAAGUGUCGCCCGAAAAAUUGAAAACCCAUUGAUUUGAAGAUAUUCAACGGAAAAUUGACUAGAGAGGAAGCAAGAAGUGGACUUGUCAUUUUUGGUUAUUAAAUUGUUGAUAACUUUCCUCAUCAACUUCCAGGAAUUUGGACCACUAAAUUUCGAAAUAGCUAAAUAGCGAAAAAAAUUUCCCUUGGCGAAAAAAAAAUUAUAAACAAAGACAAAGUCCACCCAUUGGCCUCGACGUGGAUAUCUCCUGACCCCAAGGGGACCAGCAGGGCUAAUCUUAAUCAAUAUUAUAAUGGGAUCGCAUUAUUUCCGAUUGACACGUGAUACUGCAAAAUUGACGCUGAAGCAGCGAAAUUUCUACGAGACCAGUGGCUUCCUGGUGCUUCCGAAAUUAAUCCCUCAACAACUGCUCGAUAAAUUCAGUCAGAGAUUCGACGACAUCGUCGCGGGUAAAGUCGAUCGAGGGGUGAUUACUGUGAUGAAAGAUGUGAUACAUCGAUCGUCAGUUAAUAAACUCCAAGACAUAAAUAGAGAUGACAUUUUUCGGUUGUAUAUCGAGAAUAAAGAGAUCCUGGACAUUGUCGAGUGCUUCACAGGAAAAAAUAUAAUGGCAAUUCACUCAAUGCUAAUUGCAAAACCUCCAGAUAUCGGGGCGAUGAGCAGCAGGAUCUCUACUACUUCCCCAUCCGUCCCGAGAACAAAAUCGUCGCAUCCUGGACAGCGAUCGAGCCAUGCAACACCGAAAACGGAUGUCUAUUCGUCGCACCUGGAAGUCAUCUCCAGGGAAAAAUCCAUCCUCACGCCUACCCCACGGAUUAUCCCACAAAUAAAAUGUAUCACGGCAUCCAGAUUGUUUUACCAGAAUAUACCGGAGUCCACUCGUUGGAUAGACCUUGAAAUGGAGCCUGGUGACACAGUUUUCUUCCAUCCACUUCUGAUUCAUGGAUCCGGUGUGAACAAAUCGAAUUGCACGAGAAAAGCAAUUUCCUGUCACUACGCAGCUGCGGAAUGCAACUACAUCGAGGUCGCUGGAACCAUUCAGGAAAAUAUCGCGAAGGAAGUCCUUGAAGUCACAAUGAGACGUUUACCUGGGAUUGAAAUUCGGUAUGAAGAUGUCUGGAAAUUGAAAUCCAGUAUUGCACGUGGAUUUCGUUCAAAUCUCUAAAAAAAAAAACUAUAGAAACAGCGAAAAAUAUCAUAAAAAUAAUUUCCUAACUAAUAAAUUUUUUUC